CACGGAGUACCACACAGACCUCACAGCCACACUGACUAUGCACAAUAUCACAAUUGAUGACGAGGGUGACUACACCGUCAAGGCAACCAACACACUGGGCAGUGCCACCUGCGAGUGUCAACUCCUUGUUGAUUUAGAGAAACCCACAUUCACUAAACCUCUAACUGAUGUCACUGUGAAUAAGACAGAGACUGCCAGGUUUGAGUGCAAAGUCACUGGCUUGCCCAAUCCUGAGCUAACCUGGUACGCAUCAUCAGUGAAACUGGAGCCAUCUCCGAGGUACGGAAUCUCACGUGUCGAGGAUACUGGUAUACUUGAGAUCUUUGAUGUUUUACCAGAUGAUGCUGAGAUGACGUACACGUGCAAGGCCACCAAUGUGGGAGGGGAGGAUACAACCACAGCUGAACUGAUUGUGCAAGAAGCCCCCAAAAUCCUAGAAGGACCAAAAGUUGUCAGCGUCAAUGUUGGCGAAGACAUUACAAUUGUCUGUGACAUCAAACCUGGUAAACCUGAACCAACAUGCACAUGGACCAAGGCUGACUUCACCAUUAAGCCAACUGAGAGAUACAGUUUGGAAAUGACAUCUGAGACUGUGGUGUUGACUAUCAACAAUGCCCAGCCAGAAGAUGAAGGUGUAUACACUGUUACACUGAAGAAUCCAGCUGGUAGUGAUACACUGGAUGUUGAAGUCACAAUUAAAGUUCCUGAACCGGAGAGACCCAAGAGCCCAUCUCCAGUGGAAGAGACCAUAGAGAGGCCAAGGAGUGUUUCCCCUGUUGAGGCAGUGCCUGAACCCUCUCCCCAGAGGAGUCCAUCUCCUUCUGGAAUACCACCAGAGUUUGUACUCAAGGUGAAGACACGAAAGGUAAAAGAAGGAGAGGUAGCAGACUUUGAGUGUCAAGUCACUGGAGAACCAAAACCAAAUGUUACAUUUGAAUUCAACAAAACACAGCUCCAAGAUGAAGGUCAGUACAUGAUCUUUGAGGAGGAAGGCCUCCACCAUCUAGAAGUCUAUGAUGUUACAACAGAGAAUGUUGGUACCUACACAGCUAUUGCUGAGAACACAUUUGGCAAGGACACAUGCACAGCUGAUCUGGAGCUAGAUGUUCCAGCCCCUGUCAAGGAGGAACUCAUACCUCCAGAGUUUGUCAAGGUUCCCGAGAAGAUCACAGCCAAAGAGCAAGAUAGCGCUAACUUCAUCUGCAGGAUUACUGGAUAUCCAAGACCUGAAGCUGAAUGGUACCUUGGUGAUAAGAAACUUGUUGACAAGACCCUGUAUAGGACAGAAGAGUAUGAAGAUACUUAUGUAUUUGAGAUCAACAAGACCACCAUGGAAGAUGCUGGUGUGUACACAUGUAAAGCUACCAACAAAGCUGGUGAGGCUACUGCCAUGAUACCACUUGAAGUACAGUCUGCAAAACCCAAACUUGAGCCUGGCCAAGAGUCACCACUUCUACUUCGCCACAGAGAGAUGACAAAAGCUCCAGUGUUCACUGAGCUUUUCACAGACCAAGAAGUGAUGGUGGACACCAAGUUGGUACUCAUUGGAACAGUAACUGGUGUACCUAGACCUGAAGUCAGGUGGUACAAGGAUGAAGUUGACAUAACUGAUGAUAUUAAGUUCAGAAUCUUGCAUGAUGAUGACACUGUUAAGUUAGUCGUCCCCAAGGCUCCUUCCAACAUAACUGGCAAGUACAGAUGUGAGGCCAUCAACUCUGCUGGUGAGGCUGAGUGCACUGCCAAUGUUACAACUACUGAGAAACUACAACCACCAAAGUUCACACGUGAGGUGUCAAACAAGGAAUGCAGGGAGGGUCGCCCAAUGUCAAUGACCUGUAACGUCAUUGGUGUUCCCGAGCCUGAGGUCACAUGGUACAAAGGUGAUGACAUCAUAGAACCAAGUGAACGUGUGAAGUUUGUGAAGACUCCCACCCGCACUGAUAUCCAACACACUAUGGACAUUGAACCCACAGAAGCUGAAGACACAGGUCCUAUACGUGUGGUAGCCAAGAAUAAAGCAGGAGAGGCAGUGUGUGAAGCUAGGCUGCUGGUGGAAAUGAAGAAAGAGAUGCCAAAGUUCAUCAAAAAGCUGGCCAAUAUUGAGAUCAUGGAGAAAGAGACUGCCAGAUUUGAGACAACAGUCACUGGCAAACCCACCCCUGAAAUGACCUGGUUGAGAGGAGACACAAUCCUUGAAGCCUCAGAACGUGUCAUCUUUGAGAAGAAAGAUAAUGACUAUGCUCUAGUGCUAAAAGAUGUUCUAGCUACUGAGGCAGCAAUGUAUACAGUGAGAGCUAAGAACUCAGUUGGGCAAAUGUCUACCAGCGGACGCCUCAAGGUCACUCCACUACAACCACCCAAGAUUAUACGUGCCCCUGUUGACACUGUGUCGCCAGAAGGUGGCACUGCUGUGUUCACAGCCAAGAUUAAGGGGCUCCCUGCACCAACUGUUGUGUGGUACUGCAAUGAACAAGAGAUCCAACCCAGUGAGACUGUCACAUUUGAUGUGAAACAGCGUGAUAAUCUCUACACCAUGACCAUAGACAACACCACCAAGGCUAACAUUGGCACCAUAAAAGUCCACGCUAGUAACCCUGGUGGCGAAGACUCUGCUAACUGUCAACUUACUGUUAGAGGACGUGCACCGACAUUCAUUGAAAAACCAGUCAAGUGUACUGUCAUGGAAACACAGACGGCUGAGUUCCGUUGUAAGGUUGACGGAGAACCAGAGCCAACUGUUGAAUGGACAAAGGGAAAAUGGAAGAAGAUGGAACCAAGUGAUAAGGUGAAGAUCUUCUUUGAUGAGGAAACUCAGGAACAUGUCCUACAGAUCCAUGACAUCAAAAAUAACGAUGCUGGCACAUACACUGUGACAAUCACUAAUGAACUAGGCACAGAUAACUGUAAUGCAACAGUUAUGGUUACUGACAAAGAGGAGGAAGUUGUAGAUUGGAAGGCAACACUGAAACAUAGUGAGGUGCAGAAGACCGAAGGUGAAGAGGAGGAAUAUGACUGGCGUAGUCUGCUGAAACAAGUAGAUCCCUCAGAACAUGAAGAUGUUGCUGCUGAGUUUGGUUUUAACCUUAAAGAGGUGCUUCAACAAGAGGCGCCAGAGCCAGAACCUGAGGCAAAGGUCACCAUCGAACAGGCUGAGUUCACGCCAACUGAGUUUGACUUUGAGAAACGUGAACGUAUUGAGCUUGAACAGCAAACACGUGCACCACCAGAGGUCCAAGUUGAAGCCCCUGCUCCUGUAGAAGAGAAAGGAAAAUAUGAACGUGAAAAGAAAGAAAAGCCAGAAGAAAAGGUUGAAGAAAAGGGUUUCAAAAUCCAGAAAGUUAAGUGGGAAUUCACCAAACCAUUGGAGGACCAAUACGCCAUUGAGAAACACGAAGCUAUCUAUGAGACAGAAGUGACUAUUAACAAAGUCCCUGUUGACUGGUACAUCAAUGACAAACCUGUUGUCCCUGGACCACUGUUUGAAGUAUACAUUGAUGGCAAGAAGAGGAAGAUGAUUGUCAAUAUGUGUACCCCUGAACAGAAUGAAGCUGAGGUGAAAUGUGUCUUCAAGAAGGCUGUCACAACUGCUAAACUAUUUGUAGAAGAAAUCAUCCCAGUUCUGAAACUGGAUGAUGUCACAGUCCCAGAGAAAAGUGACGCUGAAUUUGUCCUAACCACAAAUGACGAUGACUUCCAUGUUGAAUGGUUCAUCGGGGAUGAUCAAGUGAAAUCAGCGGACAGAAUCAAGAUAUCCAAAGAUAUGAAGAACAAGAAGAAACACUAUUUGACCAUCCAGAAUGUCAACUUGAAAGAAGAAGGAAAACAGGUCACCGCCAAAGUGAGGAAAGUUUCCGUCACUGCAACACUCCACGUUGAAGCCAUACCAGUUGAGAUAGUAAAACCACUCCAAGAGAAGGAGUGCACAGAGAAUGAGACAGUUUCAUUUGAGUGUGAAGUGUCCAAGGAGAACUGUGAUGUCACAUGGUAUUGUGAUGGCAAGCCUCUUGCUGCUAGCUCUAAAUAUGAGAUGAUCUCUAUUGGCUGUGUGCACAGGUUGAUUGUCCGUGACUCAAACUUAGAUGAUGAGGCAGAGUAUACAUUUAAGGUAGCUGACAAGUCAUCAGUUGCUAUGCUUUGGGUGGAAGAAGAACCUGUACGCAUUGUGGAACCACUGACAGAUGCCACCAUCAUGGAACACACAAGCCAUACAUUUACCUGCAAGCUCUCCAAACCAGAUUGUCCAGUCACCUGGCUCAAAGCAGGGAAACCUAUUGAGAAAUCUGACAAGUAUCAAAUUGAGAUGGUAGGUGUAACACACACACUGAGGAUCCCAGAUGCUACACUGGAUAUGACUGCUGAUUUCACCAUAGUUGCCCAAGACCAGAACUCCAAAGCUAAACUAACAGUUGAGGAAAAACCAGUUGAGUUCACCAUCCCACUGAAAGACUCUGACGUCUUGGAAGAUGAGACUGUCAGCAUGGUAUGCGAGGUGUCCAAACCUGACCAAAUACCGAAGUGGUUCAGAGAUGGUAUAGAAAUCCAAGCAGAUGAUAAAUAUGAGAUCACCAUCGAGGGAACGCAACAUACGUUAACUAUUAAAGAUAGCACCUUGGAUGAUGAGGCAGAAUAUACUGUUCAGAUUGGGGAUAGGAAGUCCAAAGCUACACUCUUUGUUGAAGAAGAACCAGUUACGUUUACUGUCCCACUGAAAGAUCAAGAGGUGACCGAGAACGAAAUCAUCACACUUGAGUGUGAGAUCAACAAGCCCAAUCAGACCGCCAUUUGGUACAAGGAUGGAAAAGAAAUCAAGCCAAAUGAGCGAUAUGAAAUAAGAAUUGAAGCUACCAAACAUUAUCUCAUUAUCAAUCCAUCUGAAUUAGAUGACGAAGCUGAAUAUACCAUCAAAAUUAAAGACAAAGAUUCCAAAUGUAUGGUCCUUGUCAAUGAAGCACCUGUAGAAUUCACUGUUCCACUGAAAGAUCUCACAGUAGUUGAAAAGGAAACUGCUAAGCUACAAUGUGAGAUUAACAAACCUAAUAAAACAGCUUCUUGGUACAAAGAUGGUGAACAGAUCAAACCUUCUGAGAGAUACCAGAUAACAAUUGAAGAAACAAGACACUUCCUUGUCAUCUUAAACUCUGAGUUGGAUGACGAAGCUGAAUAUACAAUUACAAUCCAAGAUGUAUCUUCAAAAUGCACACUACUUGUUGAAGAACUCCCUGUUGAAUUCACAAUACCACUUUCUGAUGUCACAGUUAUGGAGAAGGAAACUGCAACAUUGGAAUGCGAAGUUUCUAAA